CUCUCGCGGAGUGAGCUUGCGGUUCUUGUCACGCACGCUUCCCCCAUAUAUACCCCACCAUAUAUACCCACCAGGCAACCAUCCAUCGGGAGGAAGCAACCGUCGGUCCAUCAUACCGAUCGCCAUUAUCUCAAUCCGUCGGCGUUGCCUAGCUCGUGGGAGUAGCUAGCUACGAGGCCAGCUAGCAGCUGCCGCGCGAGAGGAGCCUGCAAUGGGACGUCCGUCGUCCGGCGGCGUGGGGCAGCCGAAGCUCCGCAAGGGGCUGUGGUCGCCCGAGGAAGACGAGAAGCUCUACAACCACAUCAUCCGGCACGGCGUCGGCUGCUGGAGCUCAGUCCCCAGGCUCGCCGGGCUGAACCGCUGCGGCAAGAGCUGCCGCCUCCGGUGGAUCAACUACCUCCGCCCCGACCUCAAGCGCGGCUGCUUCUCGCAGCAGGAGGAGGACCACAUCGUCGCGCUCCACCAGAUCCUCGGCAACAGGUGGUCACAGAUCGCGUCGCACCUGCCGGGCCGGACGGACAACGAGAUCAAGAACUUCUGGAACAGCUGCAUCAAGAAGAAGCUCCGGCGGCAAGGCCUCGACCCCGCCACGCACAAACCCAUGGCCAACGCCGACACGGCCACGGCGGCAUUGCCGGACGCGCAAGAGGAAGACCGGAAGCCCCUUGCCGCGGCGGCCGACGGCAGCCUCGCUCCGAAGCAGCCGGCGGUGUUCGACCCGUUCCCGGUGUGCGCCGACUACGGCGCCGGGUUCGCCGACGGCCUCGGCACGGCAAACGCUGCCGCAUUGUACGGCCAGUUCGGAUGCGGCAAGGAGGGCGCGGACGACGACGCCGGGUUCGGCACCGCGGACUACAGCUGCGUGCUGGACGUGUCGGACAACCUGGGCUACGGGGAGAGCUCGAGCAACAGCAGCAACUGGAACUACGCCGGCGAGGUGGGCAGCGUGCUCGACGGCGAGGUGCCGCACUGGGCCAAGCCGGAGAUGGAGCAGCAGCACACACCGCUGGAGCACAAGUUGUCGCUGCCCUGCCAAGAACAGAGCCUCCUCGCAAGUUUUGAUUUCAACUUGGAAUUGGAACCAUACUUCUGAACUUUUCUUUCUUUCUCCCUCCAUUUUUUACCUUCUCCAAUUAUCUCGAUUCCCACCCACAUACUAUAUUUGCACGUCAGUACAGGACAGCAAAGAACCAUUGGAAGGCUAGUUAGGGAUUGUACGUAGUACUACUAUACAUAUGUUGAUUUUCACAGAGACGACACACAGCGCAGUCGUAGAGCUCGUACACGAGAACAUUGUUGUUUAAAGUACAGUAAUUAAACACUUGUAAAAAAUGAACAUUGAUACCAGUAGUACUCUGCGUGCUACUGACGGACCUCAGUGAUGUGUCCCGGUGUACUUUUUUUUCUCAA